AAUAGAGAGAGUACAACUGGCGGGAAAAAUGCAGAAAUGGAGCUCCACCUCAAAUUGUCAAAAUUCAAAUUGCAACUUGGAGCCCUAAUCUCAUCGCUCAAACAAUCCAGAGAAAAGGAACGCUAUGCGUCGGAGCAAUACAAUCUCUUACUUCAGAGGCAAAAUGAAACCGAAGAAAAAUACAGCAGAAAAUUGAAUGAGUUGCAAGCUGAAUUAGCUGCAUCAAAUGAUCUCCGUCAAAAACUCGAAACAAAGUUGAAUUACCUUCAGAAUGACAACGAGUUGCUUGAUAACAAGCAAAAGGAGUUACAAGGAACUAUUAAUAGAUUGCUUCAAUCAAAGGAAAAUUUUGUUAAAGUUUACGAGGACUCUACCUUCGAAAUGAAACAAACAAUCAUCCAUAAAGAUAAUACUAUUUCUGCUCUUACGGAGAAGAUACGAUUACACAUGUCACUGUUUUCCUCAAUAGAAAAGGAGGCUUCAUCUGUCAAGCAUAUUGUGGAUAAUGCGCAACAGGUUCUCCGGGAAAAAGAGGAAUUAGGCAUGUGUUUUGUUGCUGGUUUGAAGAUCAAAGUAGAGAGGGCUACUAUGCUGGGAACUGAAUUUAUGGACAAGAUCAGCACACUAAAUGCUAACCUGAGAAGUAAUGAGGAUGAGCUUAGAAGAAAGAACAAGAUAAUACAGGACCUGGAAUCACAAUUGGAGGCAGCUAAUUUCAGUGACAAAGGUCCAGCAGCAGAGGAAGAGCUUAAGGAAUCUAUAUUGGCAAAGGAAGACAUUAUACAAAGUCUAAUCUCGGAGAAAAAGGCAUUGCAUCUCGAAUUAAGCAGUUUACAAGUUGUCAUUAAGAAAAUUCAAGGCUUCAUCAGACAUAUGGAUGAAGAGAGUAAAAAGGCAUUCUCCUCGAUGAUGGCUAAUGGAGAAUGUAUUGCUGAUAGAGUAGAGGAAAAAGACAGGAGCGAACAGGCAAUGGAAAGCACUAGAGAAAACUUUCCUCAUCUUUCUGAUCCUCCACAGUCUACCCAACCUGAAUCCACUAUGAAUAUUCUGAACAUCUCUUUUGCUGAAGCAAAGGAAAACUACAGAACAUCAGUAAACCAGCUAGAUUCAGAGUGCUCAACAACACAACCGCAAACAUCAUAAUAUAGACUUUGACAAGUUAGCAUGGACAGGACCGACUUUUUGGGAAGCUCAGUUCAUAUAUCUCUGGAUGUAGAAUGCUGCCAUGACAAUCUUGCUGGGGGAUGUAUUCCAGGUUCAUCAUCCGAGAAAGAUGCAACUCAGACACUGCGGGAAUGGAAGCACAUUGCAAGAAUCACAAGUGUCAUUGUGUGUGUUGAUUAUCAUCUGUCUCUGAAUAUCAAUACUGCAACUAUUGCAAAUUUGAAAAGUGUCAUAUCAAUGAAUUUGUCGUAAAACUGUUGUGCUAUGUAUUAUGCACAUUUUUUUGUUAAUUUAUCUUGGUAUAAAAUAAUUGUACCUCCCAUUUUGAAUUGUGAUUGUGUGCUAGUAAGCACACAUGGAAAAUUCUAUGGUGCACAUUGAAUGUUUGAUC